AGACAGACAGACACAGACAGACAGACAGACAGGCGGACGGACAGCCAGAUGACAUCAGUGCGCGACCCGUAUCUGUCUGUCUGUCGGCGGUUGAAGCGCAACAGGGGCGUGUCUCUGUGUCUCCACUGUCCGCAGAAUAUGAAAUGUAGCCAGCGAUGAGUGUUGUCAUGGCCUGACAUGUCUUGCCGAGGUUUUGUGGGGUGACACUGUCGUCAGCUUCGUCUUCGUCGACCUGGCCCUGUACACAGGCAGCAAACACAGAGGAGUGGAGUGUAACGUUGGCUCCCUGCUCCGCAAUUGCUGUACUGAAUCGCGGCCGAGCACCCCGCGUUCAACCUGUACACGCACACACGCCACACAAGUGAUGGAUGCGUUGUGAAAACAAACACAGACGGAAGGCAAAGACAAACACGGCGUGAAGCAUUAACGUCUAGUCUCACUUUCGGAGCCCAUCGAUUCUCAGACCCGAUUCUGAACCCGAUUCUGAAGUCGAAAAAUGCGACGUGUGUUAUCAUCUUUCGUCUUCGUGUGGGCCCUCUUUCUGGUUCUACUUCUCGGCGCAGAUGGUGUCUCACGCAUCUGAUACACAGAGAGCGGCGCGGUACCUGAUCAUUGCUUACCUCGGCCGCUUCCUGACGCCUCCAAGUUGGCCAUCCAAGCCUUCUCUUGAACUCGUUGCUCUCAAACCAUCUCCCACGCUGCAUCCAAGUACACGGCUGAUGGAUAGGUAGAUGAUGCACGACUUUGAAUGGUGUCUACGAUUUAGCUGUCGAAAAGAUGUGCGUGUCUCUCUGUCUUCACUUGCAUCAGGAUAUAAAAUGUAGCCAGCGAUGGAGAGAAAGUGCCGAUUGUCUCGCUUGUAUGGCCUGACCCCUCCCCUAGCGCCAUCGACAUGGCUUCGACACAGCACACACACACACACACGAUGAACAAAGUCUCCCUCUUCUCCUGCCCCUCUCUGCGUGGCUCUGCGCGUACUCAUGGGGGAAUGGUGGGCGUCGAGCAGCGCCACGGGUAUCGCCAGGAGCCUCAGCACAGACACACCGCCCUCCGGUGGCGGUGCACGGGUGUGUGUUGGGUUGGUACCGUUGUUGGUUCCUCCCCAUCUCGCUGGUAGCCACUGCCUGCAGAUGCCCGUGGCCGUCUUGCUCAGAUGCUAUGGUCCUCUUCAACUUGUGUGUGGUCAGCCACACACACACACACACAUACACACACACACACAGAGAGAGAGAGAGAGAGAGACACAUAUACGAGGAAACUCGGGUGUGUACCGAUGUAGUCGGCCAGGCUGCCCAGGAGCAGGACGACCAGCCUGUUGAACUCGUGAUCAUGGGAUGACGCGGCGAUUUGGUGGUGUUGAGAGUGCGCUUGACGGGUGCUGCACACAUUACAUGAGUCAGGCAGGCAGCACAAUCACCACAACACAUACAUCGUCAGGCGUGUAUGUCUGUAUGUAUGUGUUGUGUGCACGCCAUGCUCACCGUCGACACACUCCGGUAGCUGCCUGACGACCGGGCUGAGCUCGAUGGCCUUGGCGUGAGGUCCGAGAGUGGCGUCAGUGAUGAUGUCCGCCGCCUUCUUGAACAGGACCGCCCGCACCUGCAUCGGCGAAGUCUUUAACUCCUCACUCUCGUCAGAAUAUAAAAUGUAACCAGCGAUGAGCAUCGGAUCCUGACGAGCCGGCCUUGAUACAUAGCGAAAGUUCAUGGCCUUGAUACAUAGUUGUGCGUGUACCGUGAGGGCGAGAGCUUGCUGCGCGCUCACAGAACUGAGCCGCUGCAUGAAGGAGAGGAAAGAAAGUGAGACAGAAGGAAAUGUCUCAGACAAGGUCUCAGAGCGAUAUUACCUCGCUGCUUUCCGACAGAAGGCUGGCCAAUUCACCGAAAUCCGCACGGACAGAAGCCUCAAACCGCCGAACGUGGGACAUCUCCUCUCGAACCUCCUGCAUACACACAUAGACACACACACAUAGACACACACACACAUACACACAUCCAUCUGCAGGCACUGAGGGCACUUGUGUGGGUUAAUACUGUUACGAUCAGUCACACGAUCAAUGAGCUUCGCCUUGAUCCAUUCACCACUGCGCCGCCUUGCCAGAUAUGUGUGCCUCUUCACCGACAUAUGCCAGGUGUGUCGUAGUUGAUGCGAAAGUUCACUGGCGUCUGGCUCUCGGCCAAACGCAUCUCCUGCACACAAAUACACACACACACCCAUCUGCAGGCACUGAGGGCACCUGUGAGGGUUGGUACCGUCCUUGUGGUGUCGACUUGCCCACGCAGGGCACCGAACAGCUGGAGAGGGUCGGCCGUCUCAUCACGCAUCUCCUGCACACACACAUACACACAUACACAUACACACACACACACACACAUCUGCAGGCACUGAGGGCACUUGUGUGGGUUGGUACCGUUGUGAUGGAGUCGAGCUGGCCACGGACUGGGCCGACCAGCUGGCGAAUCUCUGCCAUGUACUUAUACUCGACCUGACCUAUCGCUGACCGACAAAGGGCAGCAUACAGUCUGUAUUUAUUGUCUCGUCUGUCAAUUGGUCUGUCUGUCUGGCUGCUCGAUGCUUACAGACGGGGAGGUCGACCAUCGGUGGCGCGGCGAUGAGCAU